AAGCUGUCACCAAAAUGUCGUCUUCUUCUUCUCCUUCCUCUGCUUAAACCCAUUAGUUUAAUAAUCUCUCUCUCUGAUAACGAACAAAACAGAUCAGCAGAAGCAAAAAUAAGUGGUCCUCCUCCAACGCUAUGAUUCGUAUUCUCCAAAUCUCGAUCCUCUGCUCCCUUCUCCUCGCCGGGAUCUCGAUCCCCGCCGUGAUCUCGUCCGAGAGCGAGACCAUAUACGAGAUCCUCCAGCGGAACGGGCUGCCGUCGGGGAUAUUCCCGAAAGGCGUGACGGAAUUCGCCUUCGACGGCGACACGGGACGGUUCUCCGUCUACUUGAACCAGUCCUGCGACGCCAAGUACGAGACGGAGCUCCGUUACGACACGAACAUCACGGGGACGAUAGGCUCUGCCAACAUCGGAGAUUUGUCGGGUAUAUCGGCUCAGGAGCUGUUCCUUUGGUUUCCGGUUAAAGGGAUUCGGGUCGACGUGCCGAGCUCGGGGCUUAUAUACUUCGAUGUCGGCGUUGUUCGCAAGCAGUACUCUUUGUCUUUGUUCGAGACGCCGAGGGAUUGCGUUGCGGUUCGUGGUGGAAAUGAGGUUGAAUCUUCAGUGUUGUCAUUGCAUCAAGUAGAUCAAACUCUUGGGAGAAACGUUAUAUAGCCCGGAGGGUUUAAAAAAAAGAAAUGUUGUUAUACUAUACCCACCACAAAGAUAGACAGAUGUUCUCAUCAAAAUUCUUGAAGAUACUUGUGUUACUGUUCUUUUUGGUCUCAAAUUCAAAAUGGUUCAACUCUUUUCCCCUCCUCAUUCCAGUUUUGUUUCUGUAUUGCAUUCUUUGUUCCUGAGGAGGAGUUAGAUGGAAAAGAAACAAGAUCUAGUUUGUUUUGGAGAAAAAAAAAGGUGUUGGAAGGAAUGGUCCAUAUUUUGGUUCAAGUGAUUGAUGAUAACAGUGAUGUGAGGUGAUGAAUGUUGUAUUAUUUUUGUUGUCUAUUGUUUAAACAGAUAUUAUUAUCCUAUAUAUAGCCAAAUAAGUCUCAUAGAACAAUCA